UUGCGUUGCGCCGCGUCGGGGGGGUGGUGGUGAGGCUGGUGAGGGUGAGCGGGCCGGCCGGCGCCUCAGACCCACCAACCAGCCUCAGCAGCAGCAGCAGCAGCCGCGGGGAGCGGCGGCCUGCCUGCUCCGAGUCCUCGGCCCCACCGGGCCCGGCCCAGCCAUGGAGUCCUACGACAUUAUCGCCAACCAGCCCGUGGUCAUUGACAACGGCUCAGGCGUGGUCAAGGCUGGUUUUGCUGGAGAUCAGAUCCCAAAAUACUGCUUCCCGAAUUAUGUGGGCCGCCCAAAGCACGUGCGCGUCAUGGCCGGGGCGCUUGAAGGCGACCUCUUCAUUGGACCUAAAGCAGAGGAGCACAGAGGAUUGUUAUCCAUUCGGUACCCCAUGGAACAUGGCAUUGUCCGCGACUGGAACGACAUGGAGAGAAUCUGGCAGUAUGUCUAUUCAAAAGAUCAGCUGCAGACGUUCUCAGAAGAGCACCCAGUUCUCCUGACAGAAGCCCCUUUAAACCCCAGCAAAAACCGGGAGAAGGCCGCUGAGGUUUUCUUCGAGACCUUCAACGUUCCUGCGCUCUUCAUCUCCAUGCAAGCUGUCCUCAGCCUUUAUGCCACGGGUCGCACGACAGGCGUGGUGCUGGAUGCAGGGGAUGGAGUGACACAUGCCGUACCCAUCUACGAGGGCUUUGCCAUGCCACACUCAAUCAUGCGGGUAGACAUUGCUGGACGGGACGUCUCCCGCUACCUCCGCCUGUUGCUACGAAAAGAGGGCUAUGACUUCCACACUUCGGCUGAGUUUGAGGUGGUGAAGACAAUAAAGGAGGUGAGGACGGGGCUGACGGAAGCCCCUCGUUUAGAUGUUGGUCCAUCACGAUUCCGUGCCCCAGAACUGCUCUUCCAGCCGGACCUAAUAGGGGACGAAAGUGAAGGGAUCCAUGAAGUGCUGGCCUUUGCCAUUCAGAAAUCAGACAUGGACCUGAGGCGGACACUUUUUGCAAAUAUCGUCCUGUCUGGGGGAUCUACGCUGUUUAAAGGUUUUGGGGACCGGUUGCUCAGUGAGGUGAAGAAACUUGCUCCAAAGGACGUCAAGAUUAAGAUCUCUGCUCCUCAGGAGAGGUUGUACUCCACGUGGAUUGGUGGCUCCAUUUUGGCCUCGCUGGACACGUUCAAGAAGAUGUGGGUGUCCAAGAAGGAGUACGAGGAAGAUGGCUCCCGGGCCAUUCAUCGAAAGACAUUCUAGGGCAGGGGAGGGGGGCGGCGGCAACAGCAGCAGCAGUGGCAAAGCAACUGGUGUCUGUGGGCGACUCAUCCAGGUUGUGUCUUUUCUCUCUUAACCCUUUCUUGUCCAGGGCUGCUCCUUCCCUGCCGGCUGGGGCUGCUUCCUGCCUUCCUCCUGGGCCUCACGCUUUCCUGUCUUAGUGCCCUGUCCCAUGCAUGUUGUUAGCACGCACCCACCCCAGGGGAGAGAGGGGCAGCCUAUGUUUUUGAGGCCUUGGCCGCGGCGGAGGGCCAUGGCCCCAGCCGGGAAGGGGACUGGAAGCUCUGUUUGGUACCUCCUGAUCCGUUCCAUAGCAUCACUGUUGCUCUUUUGAUCUGGUGCGUGCUGUGUGCCUACAGGGGAAUCGGAAACCUGCCUGCCCUGGCGAAGGGCUGCGGGCACCUCCCGUCUCUCCUCCCCCGUGACGCAGGAUGGAGGCCCUGCAUGCUCUGUGGUUUGUGGAAGACAUCUUGGAUGUUGACAAGUCCCUUGCUGUGCCCCCCCCCCAAUAUCCCCAGGAAACAAACUCAUCUAUUAGCUGGGCUGCCUGGGUCAGCUGCAGUGCUUGCUUGAAGCAGAGGGAAGGCACUGGCCAGGGGCUGCCUUCAUCCUCUUCCCCCUGGUCAGAUCCUAAACAAUCCCCUGCUUGGUGGUGGAGGCCAGAAGAGAACAGUGGGCCUUCUCCAGCUUGUAUUUUGGGGGAUGGGGGCGGUUUAAAGUCAGGGGGGGCUCUCUAGCCAUCAGUGCCAAGGUAGUAUCUCAUCCAAUAGCCUGCCCACUGUCUGUCUUCUCUCACACACCUCUCCUUGUGAGUUGGAUUUUAAAAAUCGGGUUAUAGUGAGGGGGUGGGUAUCUUUGGGCAGAAAGAGGUGGGCUUUUGCUCCAGCUGGGAAACAGGGCAAGGCUGUUCCUUAUCUUUACUCUGGGCUGUUCCAUUUAAAGGGAGCAGGGUCUGUUAGAUAGAAGCCUUGUAAGGCUUUACCGAGGGGAGGAGGGCUCUGGGGAUGUGUGGUGUUUUUAAGCCAAUGGCUCCUGCAGUCAGUGCUGGCCAGAGCUUGAACAUAUGAGCAAAUUUUUUGUUGCUAAGAAAUCAUUUUUUUCCCUGAGCUCUAGGUCUGGCUAAUUAUAAAGACAGAAACGCCUGUUAGCUAUAGAAGCUGUUGCUGCAGUGGAGUUAAGGGAGAGAGGUAGAAUCACAGCCACUAAGCUCCCGUCCUUUUUGAGAGCUUCAGGCAACGCGGGGGGUGUUAGAGGGUCUGGAGAACUGGAUAUUAAACAGUUGGGGCUACAGAGAGAGAAAGGAUCACCCUUAGGUGGCAUUUUGGGGAGAGGAGCUGUCCCUUUGCCUUCCUGCAGUCUUUGCCCUGAGGUCUCUGCUCCAGCCCAGCUCUUCUUGUCUAGAGAGUGGUCAGCAAGAACCAAGGGAGUUCAGGAUGACCAUUUGGUCAGAGAGGAGGAGAUUGUGGGUCCAACUCCCAUUAUCUCCCUACUCUUUUGAUUGAGAAAUGAGACAUGCAUACCACAAACUCUUACUUUUUUGAGAACAACAGGCAGGGCAGUCCGUAAUGUCUACUUUGGCUUUUGGUUACUUGUUUGGAAUGGCGUUUUCACGCAUUGAUUUAUCUUUGGGAAUGGCUACCCUUCCCAUCAGGUUAGUUUUCUGUCUGUGUAGAAUUUCACUUCCUUUAUCUCACCAUUUUCUCCACCUAGGGCAGGGCCGAACAAAAUGCAGCCUUCCAGCUCUUGUUGAACCACAGCUCCCAGCAUUCCUCACUGUUGGCUGUGCCGGCUAGAGCUGCGGUCUUGGCAACACCUGGAGGGCCACCAGUUGCCCCUCCCUGACCUAAGUCCAAGGCUAGUUUGGGUGAUCCCUUUUUUGCACCUGGUGAAUGGCAUCAUGCCAGUGUCCAGACUGUGCGUCUCAAGAGACAAAUAUCCACAACGGUUCCACAGGUGUAAACACUUGUCAUGCUUUUCAAGGCAGCUAGAAUAUCAAGCAGGAUGGGACUGCAGGCCCCUGGCGUUCCCAUGCCAGCCAAAGAAAAUAGCAGCCGAGAGGUUGGGAAAGUACCAGUCUUCUCGCUCCUGGUGCACUGCAGAGAUGAUCUUUAGCCUUGGAUCAGAAAGGGUUAAAUCUUUUAUUUUUUUUAUUUUUAAAUAAAUGGGUUAAUUUAAAAAAGCAAACCCCUGCUCUGGAGGGGUGAGGCUGUAUCCCUCAAGGGCCAGUGGCUCUUGUCCCUCUAAGCCAAGCGUGUAUGUGUGUUGGCUUCUCCAUCUUCUCCACCUACAAUGAUCUAUAUCAAAUGGAGGCACGGUCACCUUCCCCCCCCCAAAAAAAAGAAACCACCUCUCUGGGCUGCAAUGUACAAUAAUUUAACACAGUUGCCUGUAUUUUUAUUUUGUAAAUUCAUUAUAGUAAUAAUUAUAAAUUAACAGCCAGUGGCGUUUGCAUGUG